CAUAUCUCUUUGUACAUUGAAUUCACCAAACAAUUACACCAUCUUAUCAUCCUAUCCCUCUCAUCCAUCGGUAACUCAAGAUGAACCAUCAAAAUGGUUUCUACCCAGAUCCAGAUCUACAACAUUCAUCAUCCAUUUCAUCUUCUUCUUCCCCAGAUCCAGAUCCAGGUCCAUCAUAUCAAAUUCAACCUUCUUAUCCUACUUCCAUCCGGGACAUCGGGACGAAUGAUGAAAGAGGAACAGUUAUAGAUGGUGGGACAGGAGUUAUGGGGAAUUUAGUAUUUCAAGAUCUUCAUGCUUUUCUCGAAAUGUUUUGGGCCAGAUGGACUGAAGAGAUGGAAAGGGAUGAACCUGAUUUUAGAGUUUAUAAUUUGCCUUUGGCGAGGAUAAAAAAAGUUAUGAAGAGUGAUGAGGAGGUAAAGAUGAUCUCCGCUGAAGUUCCUGUCAUGUUUGCAAAGGCUUGCGAGGUAUUCAUAUCCGAACUCACAGGUCGAGCAUGGUUAAUAGCCGAAUCGAAUAAACGUCGUACAUUACAAAAAUCAGAUGUAGCGGCAGCUAUAGCGCAUAGUGACAUGUUUGAUUUUUUAAUCGAUAUUGUUCCUAGGGAUGAUAAUGAUAUUACUUCUCAUCCUCCUCCUCCUCCUCCACCACCACCACCACAACAACAACAACAACAACAAAAUACAUUACAUGAACCUAUUUCUCCAACAUUAAUUUCUGGGCCUUCUGGGAAUUCUUUCAAUCAUCCACAUGAUCAUAAUUUCAUUACAUCUCCUGAUAUUCUACCAGAUGGGAAAAGAGUGAAAUCGAAUAUGGAUGAUCAUGCAGAACGAGAAAACAUCGGUGGGAGUUUAGAUGGAAACGAUAAGGUCAGAUUGAAUGGAGGGAAGUAUAUCAAUGGGGAUCAGACGCACGGACACGGAAACGGAUACGAAUACGAAUACGAGUAUAGAACUCAACGGGUCGAUGGUCAUGGAGAAGAUGGGGUAGACAUGGGUGGAUUGAAUGGGGGAAAUAGGAUAAGGGUUAAUGGAUAUAUUUCACAAGAUGAUGAUGAAGAGAUAGAAGGGGAUGCUUUAUAUAAUCAAUUCGUUAGUCAAGUAAGUGAUGGUUGAAUAGGAAAGAUUCAAAAUUUCAUCAUAUAAUGAAUGCACCUUGGGAUCAUAUUUCG